AUGAAUAAGAAAAUAGUACCUUGGCUUGCAGUUUUGGCAAUGGCUUUGUUUACCUCUCAGGUGCAAGCUUUCUGGUCAACCGGGCAUAUGAUAGUCUCCAGAAUUGCAUAUGAGCAAUUGAGGAAUAAUAAUAUGACCCUUUUUAAGCUGAUAGAUAGAGAUAUCAAGGUAUUACAAGAAUAUUCUUUGGAAGGUACAAAUCAUACCUUUGUUGAGUCAGCUAAUUGGCCUGAUCAUUUGAAAGAGAUUGCGUUUAAAGCAAUGAAUGGGUGGCAUAUUGCAGAGACUCCUAUUAUUGAUCCUGAUUUUGAAGGAGAGGUUUAUCAAGCCAAAGAAAAUGUAACAUGGGCUAUUAAUCAAAUGAUCUCAACUUUAACCUCUAAAUCCAUUCCAAAAUUUAAUAAUUCUCUUGCAAUUUCUUUCUCAUUCCGCUACCUUCUUCACCUAGUCGGUGACAUCCACCAACCAAUGCAUGCUGCCACCUACUACUCUUCUUCCUUUCCCACUGGAGACAUUGUGGGAACUCUGUUUCCCAUAGAUUUCUCUCCUGAGAUCCAGAACCUUCAUUUCCUGUGGGAUGCUUGUCUUGACCAGUACAUUUCUAUCAACUCAACUAUCACUGAGGAAGACUGGGAUCUGCUUGGAGAUUACUCUAGUAAAAUCAUGAGGGACUUCCCUCUUGAUUCUCUCCAACAGAGAAUCUCAGUCACAGAUCCAACUGUGUGGGCAGCUGAAAGCUAUAACAUCACUUCCAGUUUCAUUUACUCGGAAAUCGUGCCUGGAGGCACUAUUCCUGAUGAGUACAUAAAACAAGGAAGUCAAAUUAUUAACGAGCAACUGGCAGUAGCUGGAUAUAGACUGGCAGAACUUCUUGAGAAAAUUGGAAUUCAGAGGUAUAGAGGAGAAGUUAUAAACCAAAUGCUGAAUUUUUAA